GCGACGGAGAGCUGCGCCUGUGGAUUUCGCUUCCCACCUUAGAGGACGUCGCGGUGGAUGUUGGCGAAACCGAGGUUCGCCUCAACCAGAAAGGGCGAGCGGUCGUGCUCCCACUGCCAGCGGAUCUUGCAAAAGAUGUGCACGGCGAGGCAUCUGCCAAGUUCUCCAAGAAGCGCGCGCAGCUUUCCCUGACCUGGCCUCUGCGCCCGGAAAGCAGCGCAUACCCGACGUCGGAGGUGAGAACGAAGGAGACGAAGGAAGUCAGCGAACCGUCCCCCGACUCCUCCCCGCCAUCGGAUGCUCCUGCUUUCGGCAGCAUAUGGAACAAGAACAGCUGGCACUGGGAGGAGAAGAACUGCCUCGAUCUGGCAACGCAAGAGGUACGGGCCGCAUUGGAGAAGGAUCCUGGCUGGAAGCAUGUGCCGGCACUUUCGGGUGUCAGCUUCGUGAUGAAAGACAUCUCCGUUCGAGGUGAUGCAAGCUUCGCACUCCGAAAAGGAAAGCGUAUCCUUUGCUACGAACUCUCUGCCACCUUGGCCUGGGAAGGUCGAGAUGAGUUCGGCUGUCAACUCGGCGUGAAAGGCACUGCCAAGGUGUCUGGCAUCACACCCGAGGACGACGAGGAAGCGCAGGUCGAGAUCGACGUCUCCGCAUCAUCCAAAGGAGGUCCCGAAGCCAAGGCGGCUGGCUCGUGGAUGCAAGGCCAAGGCGCCAAGCUCAUAUCCAGAGCUCUCCGCCCAGAACUUCUGCGGGAGGCGAUCCUUGCAGCAGAG